AUGUAUAUUGAAAAAUUGAAUUUAAAUUCGGAAAAUGAAAAGAUCACAAGCCUAGACUUUCAACCAUGUACUAAUUUAAAUAGAUUGGCUAUUUCCAGCCUUCAUCAAAUAAAAAUUUAUCAUAUUCCUUUGUAUGAUACAAAUUUAAAAAACAGUAAAAUAAAAAUUGAGCUUUUGUUCAUAAGUAAUGAUCAUAAAUUAGUUUACAUUAACACGAUCAGGUGGAGUUUUAAUGGUCAAUUUUUGGCUAGCUGUGAUAGUGGGGGAACAUUAGUAUGUUAUGAAUUGGAUAUAAAUAAAAAUACCAUUAAAAAGAAUAUAGAAGAAAUAAAAAAUAAUGCUAUAAUAAAAGAUAGCAAUAACAAUAUUGUUAAGCAGAGCACUACAAAUGUGUUGUGCAAUUCAUUGAAUAGUUAUAAUAAGGAAGAAUGGAAAAUGACGAGGUGCAUAAAAAUACAUGAGAAUGGAGAAAUUUUCGACCUUGCCUGGUCACGCGAUAAUGAACAUGUGGUGUGUGGAGUUUCAAAAGGAGUAGUCUACAUUUGUAAUUUAAAAAAAUCGUAUAUAUCUCAUAAAUUGUUUGUUAAAGGGACUACAGAAAAUAUAAAAGGAGUUUCUUUUCAUCCAACAAAUAAUUCAAUAAUUGCUCAAAGUAGUGAUAAUAUUAUGUGCUUGUGGAAAAAAAUAAAUAUUUAUCCUGAACAAGGCAAUAAUAAUUUAUGCAUAAUACAAAAUAAAAAAAGUUAUGAUCACAAUGAAAAUAAUUCUUCGCAAUCCUAUGAAUGUAUAACAUCAAUGCAAAAUGAUUUUCCAGCUUCACAAAAUAUAGCAAGAGAAUAUUUUGAAUAUAUGUAUGAAGAAAAUAUGAACAAGAAAUAUAAAAAUAUUGACACACCAACUAUUCGUCAUAUUUAUUUUGAUAGUUUUGGUAAAUAUGCCACUAUUACACACAUACCGAACAAUGGAAGAAAUUGUGGAAUAUUAUUAAAAAUAGAUAACAAUGAGCAAAUAAACAAAAAUAGACUAUUUUUAGAUGGACAUGGGAGUUGCAUAAGAGUAGCAAAAAUAGGGCAGAGAGUAUUUGUAGAUGUUAAAAAGAAUAAAUUGUACAGUUUAUACUGUCAAUGUAGUGAUAAUGGAGUUAUAUCCUUAUGGAAAAUUUUCCUAAAAAGGAUAAAAAAAGCUAUACAUAUUGUUAAUGACCAUUCUGAGUUUAAAAAAAACACAGUAAAUCUUUCAUUUGAAAGAAAUAAAAAGCUAGAUUCAAAAAAAAAAAAAAGAAUAAAUAAAUAUGCAAAAUGUUUUUUAAUUAUUCAAAAUUUAUUAGAAGAACAAACGUGUGCAGUUGAUUUAAGCUGGUCAGACAAUUAUGACCAAUUAGUUAUCGGAGCGUCCAACGGGUCAGUGUACAUUGUACAAAUAAAUAUAAAUAAAAUUAAUUUAAAACCCUUUUAUCAUAAUGUACAUUUAGAAGUUAAUGAAAUAGCAAUAGAUAUUAAUAAAGAGGAAAAGGAAAUAGAUGAAAAAAUUGUAAAAAAGGAUAAUAAACAAAUAAAAGAUAAAGUAGUAGACAAAAAAGUGAAAAACAGAAUAACUCCAAAGAUUAAGUACUUAUAUGAUGAUUAUGGCAAUAUAAUAGAAAAUACGAAAUCGCAUGAGAUCAUACACAUCCUCAGCUGCACCAUACACCCAUUCCGUACUAGUAGCUCUGACAGUGCAAAUGGAAACAGCACCAGAUGUGCUGUUAGGAGCAACUGUGGAUAUGGCACAAAUAGUAAUAGAAAUAUUAAUAGUAAUAGUAAUAUUAAUAGUAAUAGUAAUAUUAAUAGUAAUAGUAAUAUUAAUAGUAAUAGUAAUAGUAAUAGAGAUAGCUAUAGAGGCAGCUGCAGCAGUGUGAGUAAUAAUGAUAAAAAUAGUGAUAGCGAUAGAGAAAGCAGUUACUGUAGCAGUGCAAAGGACGGUAUAAGUAGCGGUGGUUAUAAUGGCUAUAACUACGGUAAUGGCAAUAACAGCGAUAACAGUACCAGGGAAACAUACAGCUUUUUCCCCCUUUUCUUUAUGAAAAAGGGAAAAAACUGCAGGGAGUUGCAAGUAGGCAUGCAUAAUGUUUCUUUUGUCGUGAACUCCAUCGUAUGCAUUAUUUUUAAAAUAAUCGAUUUUGUAAUAAAAAGACUUCAUUGUAUCUGUGAAGAGUGUGUAUACUUAAAAUUUAUUUGUCACUACAAAAAAAGUGGUAGUAAUUUGAAUUUUAUCGCAGCAUAUGAUUAUUACUCAUUCAUCAGUGCGAUUAACGAUCCAUGUGAUAGACAAAGUGUUUACUUUUCUAUGAGUGAAAUAAAAGGAGGUUGUGACAGCUACAAGAGGGUAUGUGUUGAGGGAAGUGAUGGGUGUGGAAAUGGAGAAGGGAAAGACGGUGUGGAGACAGGCUCGAAAAAUGCCAGCAAUGACAAGGGAAAUGAUGACGAUAACAAGGGUGAUAACAGCAGUAAGAACAACGAUAAUAACGGCGGUAAUAACGAUGGUAAUAACAAUGGUAAUAACAAUGGUAAUAACAAUGGUAAUAACGAUGGUAAUAACGAUGGUAAUAACGAUGGUAAUAACGAUGGUAAUAACGACGGUAAUAACGACGGUAAUAACGACGGUAAUAACGAUGGUAAUAACAAUGGUAAUAACGACGGUAAUAACGACGGUAAUAACAAUGAUAAUAACAAUGAUAAUAACAAUGGUAAUAACGAUGGUAAUAACGAUGAUGAUGAUAAAAAGGACGAGGAAAAUGAUCAUGGUGGCAGUGAGGAGGACGAUGCGUCCAAUAAGAGUGACAACGACAAACGAAAAAGUAAGACAAGUAAGAAAAUACGUAAAAGAAAGAAUGACGAUAAAGAUGAUACCACUAAUAGCGGUGCAAAUAGCGGUGUCAAUAGCGGUGCAAAUAGCGGUGCCAAUAACGGUGCCAGUAGCGGUGCAAAUAGCGGUGUCAAUAGCGGUGCAAAUAGCGGUGUCAAUAACGGUGCCAAUAACGGUGUCAAUAACGGUGCCAAUAACAGUGCGAAGAAAAACAUAAAUUUGGAGAAACAUAUUGAUGAUAACAAAAAAAUCAGCGUAAUGAACAGUCAAAAUAUAAGCGAUUGCAAUAAUGGCAGUAGUGAUAAGAAGGAGUUAUGCCAUGUUAACAAUGAACUCUGUAAUAGUGAAAAUAAUAGCAGCGGUAAUGCCAGUGGUAGUGUCAGUAGUAAUAAAAGCAGCAACAACAGUAGCAAUGUUGACAGUCACAACAGCAGUAAUAUGAACAGCAAUAAUAAUAAUCGAAGUGUAGAUCGCAAUGAGGGGUACUCCCCACCGAAUCCCCUGCACGUGGAAGACUUGUCCGAAGACGAAAAUAAAAAUAUUAACGUGAAAAUUCUGGAUAUAAUAAGGAAUAAUUAUAAUAAGGAAAACUACGAUGUUGCUACAAUACCAAUAAUAAAUGACGGUAUUUGUAAAUUUCAGCAUAUGGAACACAAUAAAGAAAUAGAAAUAAGUAAAUUUAAUGAGAGUUCUAAUUUUAUUAAUGAAAAAACGUCAGCUGGUACUACGGGUAUUGGAAAUAUAAACAUUCAAAUAGAUAGCAAAAAAAAAAAAAAAAUAGAAAAAUUAGUUCUAAUGAGAAAAAAGAGGGGGGAAUCAAAAAAGAGAGAUAACAAGGGGGAAAAAAAGGAUGCAGAGAAGGAUGCAGGAAAAGACGAAAAGGCAAAUGACAAGAGAGAAGGGAAACAAAAUGAUAAGAAAGAAGUGAAGCGAAAAGACAAGAAAGAGGGGAAGCGAAAGGAAAAGAAGGAAAGGAAUGAGGAACAUGUACAGGAACUUGUAAGGGAUGAAAUUAAAGAAUCGGGGAAGGAGGGGGAAAAGGAAAUGGUAAAAGAAGCGCAAAUUAAGGGAGAGAAUAAGGAGGAUAAUAAGGACGAAAAUACGGUUGAGAGGGGAGGAAAAAGGAAAGAAAAAAAGAAGGUGUCGAAAAAGGACCGAAACAAACACACGAAUAAAGAACAAAGAAAGAAGAACAAAAAAAGCCCGAAGAAGAAUAAACAUACGAACAACUCAGAUAUGGAAUGGGAAAAUUUCAAUCCACAUGCGGAACUGUGUAAUCCGUUCGAUGAGAAAGAUAAUGAGGUAGAGCAAGGCACUAAAAAUGUAUCAAAAAAAAAUAAAGAUGAUUUAAAUUCAAAUAAUUUAAAGAAAAAAAAAGAGCUUCAAAAAGAGACACAAAAAGAUUGUCAAAAGAAAAGUAUACAUAAUGAAAAUAAAAAGAAAAAUAAGAAUAACAAUUCAUUCUCCUCAAAUGAAGUGAACAACAUCGAGUUGACGAAAUCAAAUGGUAUUUUGAAGAAUUAUGCGAACGAAAGUAUAAACGAUCCGUGUGCUAAACAUGGAAAGAGUAAAAAUUUGACUAAAGCGAAUGUUAAGAUAGAAAAAGACUUCAUGAAUUCAGUAAAAAAUAAUAAUAGGGAAGAGGACGGUAAACAGAUAACAAUAGAAGGAAGUACUAACAGAAAUAGCAAUAAAAGUAACUGUAUUAGUGAUAGUAAAAAUAUUAAUAACAGAAGUAGUAACCAUGGAAAUAACUAUGACAGUAACGUGAUAAGAAAAAAAAAGAAAAUGAACAAAAGAAUUUUCCAGAGUGAGAGUGUGUUCGAUGCGCAAGAUAUGUCUAAAAAGGGAACUCCAAUGAAAAAGGGAAAAACAGAAAUACACUUUUCAAGUAUAAACCGCGAUCAGAAGGUUGUUAACGUGUUUGUUAAGAAAGAUAAGGAGAAAAAUGAGGGUGCAGUGGGUACAGCGGCAUAUGCGUCUGAUGCGGAACGAGUGAAAAAAUAUAUGAUCAAGAAGAUUGAAGAGGGAAAUAUAUACGCAUAUGACGAGGAAGAAGAGGAUGAGAGGGAUAACGAGGAAAUUAUACAAGGAGUGGAUCCGGUAGAAGAACUAGAAGAAGAACAGGAAGGAGAACAAGAAAAUGAAGGAGAAAAUGAAGAAGAAAAUGAGGAAGAAAAUGAGGAAGAAAACGAAGAAGAAAACGAAGAAGAAAACGAAAACGAGAACGAGAACGAAGCGGAGGAUGAGCAAUGGACUCAAGACGGGUUUGAACAAUUUAUAGAAGAAGGAAUGGAAGAAAAUGGGACGAUAGAACAGGAGGAGGAGGGGAUAUAUGGAGGGUUUGAAAGUAUGAAAGACUAUCGGUAUGAAGUGGAGGAGAUGACAAAUUAUCAAGGAAGUAGACACCAAGGAAGAGAAUACGAAAUGAAUGCAGAUGGUAUAGAUCGUAUGGAUAGAGAAGAAUAUUAUCACCUGACAGAUGAUCGUCCGUUAGAUGAAGACGAUAGGAUGCUCCUUGAUGUGAAAAAGGAGCACUACGAGGAUAUGCGCAAUAAUGUGAUCAACAAUAUGUGUAAUGAUCAGUGCAACAAUCCGCGUAAUAAUUCUCACAAAAGCUGGAUUAACUCGAAGUUGAGGAAGAAUAAAUUGAACAAUACCUAUAAAAAUAAAAAAAACAUUGAAUCAACCAAAUUUUUCAAGAAGAGUAACUCGAUGCAUGGUAGUGAUAGUGAUGGUAAUGGUGUCAGUAAUUGUAAUUACAAUGGUAAUAAUUAUCAUGAUAAUGAUAAUGAUGAUGAUGUAAAUUUCGUUGAUUUCUACAAUUCGGGUAAUGCAAACAACUUGAUGAAGGACAACUACUACGACAAUAAUUCUAAUGGUAAGGGAAUAAAAAAUAUAGAGGGGGGGAAAGGCUUUCCUUUCAUUGAUAAUAAUGUAUAUUUUGAAAAAUACAUGGACAAAAUUUUUUUUUUCGACAACAGAGGUGAAAAUUGUACUGUUACUUGUCUGCGCAAUAUUGGAGUGAGAAAUGAUAAUAGUGGUAUUAGUUAUGAUGGUAACUACACUCGCAAGGAUUACAAUGAUCGUAGUAACUACCGCUGUUACAGUGGUCGCAUUAACCAUAGCUAUGAUGAUUAUAAGAACUUGUUUAGCAGGAAAUGUUUGUACCUGUUGUGGGAGGACGAGCUAUCUGGAAAGAUGGUUAAACAUUUAUUUUUCGACACGUACCUUUUUGUGAUAAGUUUUAAAUAUAAUUAUUAUUUAUUGAAUAUAUUUAAUAUAGAGAGUAAACUACUUGUACAGGAUUAUGUACUACCCCUUACUAAGGUGUAUGAUAUUCGAAUAAUAAAACGUUUCGACAUCGACAAGAAUGUGUAUACCUUUCUUUAUACACAUAAUAAUGAGCUAUUUUAUGUAUAUCAACUACUCAACUACUGUAAUGUUUCACUGUUAUACUUCUUUGAUAUAUCUAAAUUAGACACAGAUGUAGAAAGCAUUAAGAUGAGUAUCGUAGAGAAAAUACGUAAUGAUAAUUUCAUCAAUGUGGAUGAAAAAAGAAAAAAAAAAUUUAUAAAAAAUUAUGAAAAAGAAGUCAUUAUGCAGAGAAAAAGAGAAAUAAAGCAACUUUUGACAAAUGCAAAGAGGGAGAAGCGUGCUCAGCAUCCAAAGGGGAGGUUCGUGAGCAGAGCGAAGGAGGGAGAACAUAAUGAUGAGCAGUAUGACGAGCAGGACGACGGACAGGACGAAGCAGAUAUAAAAUUGCUAAUACAAAAUAUAACCUUCUAUGAUCAUUUUAAUUUUAUUAAUGAUGAAUCUGAAGUUACUGUUGAAAAAAGAGGUAUCUUGAAAAAUUCUGCACGAAAAAAGAAAAAGGGAAAGAGAUUGAUCAGUGAAAGGACAAAAGGGCACGGAGGAGGAACAACAGUAUGGAAAGAAGAACCAAUAGUAGGGCAAAGUUUUUCCCUAGGGUUUGAAACUGUAAUGGGGGGAGAAAAAACAGAAACAAAGGAACAAGAAACUGUAGCAGAGAAAGAAGGAAUAGUAGCAGAGAAAGAAGGAACAGUAGCAGAGAAAGAAGGAACAGUAGCAGGGAAAGAAGGAACAGUAGCAGGGAAAGAAGGAACAGUAGCAGGGAAAGAAGGAACAGUAGCAGGGAAAGAAGGAACAGUAGCAGGGAAAGAAGGAACAGUAGCAGGGAAAGAAGGAACAGUAGCAGGGAAAGAAGGAACAGUAGGGGGAAAUUUUCCCGUAGGUGAUGAAGCAGCAGUGGGGGAGGGAGAGGAACCAGUAGUAGGGGCAAAAGGCACACAAAGGAAUUUUACUUCUUCUAUUCAGAGUAACAUAGAAAUAAAGAAGGAGGAAGAAUUUACUUCAUAUAAUCCUAGCGAAUUGUUGCACUCUCCAAGUGAUUGUAUGAAUCCUUUAAAGGGAAGAAAGAGCAGAAAUUCGCUAGAAAAAAAAAAAAAAAAAUUAAAAAAAUUAAAAAAAAUAGAACAACAAGAAAAAAGGGAAAACGGUAGGAAUAACAACAAGAGAAGAAGUGGUAUAAGCGGUAUAAGCGGUAUAAGCGGCAUAAGCGGUAUAAGCGGCAUAAGCGGUAUAAGCGGUAUAAGCGGUAUAAGCGGUAUAAGCGAGAAGAACUACGUGGACGGAGUCUUCUUGGGAAACAUCUGUGGGUACGAUUUGCUUUACGAUUUCAUAUACCGGAAAAGGUACUUCUUCUACAGUUACAUGUAUAUAUAUAUUUUUUUUAAAAAUGGAAUGAUAUUCAUGUUUCGAAGGAAUUUAAUGAACAAGGGAACACGAGGAAAUAAUUGUAAAGAGAAAAGUACAUAUGAAAGCCCAUUCGGAAUUACUUUAAAUGAAGAAGUAUAUGAAAAUAAUGGUGUUACACUAAUAUGUCGCAUAGACAACAUGUAUUAUAGUAAAUCUUUAUACUGUGAUAUAGAAAUUACUGAUACAGAUACAGAUGAAGAUGAAGAGGAGGAAAAAGCAGGUAGAAGUAAGGAUGAUGAAAAGAGGGGAGUUAUGCUAUGUAGAUAUGUACACAAAGAGUCAUACACUCCUAACAGUAACUACAACAAUAACAUGCGCGUUUGUGAUGAUUUGCACAAGAUUCAAAAGAGGGGUAUGAAGAACUUUUACUCGUACAGAAGCUUUUUUAACGUAUACGAUUAUGAUAUAGAAAAGCUAUUAAAAUUUGAAAAGGAGUGUAUUAAUGUAGAUGACAGUGAAAGAAAAAAGAAAAAAAAGCGAGUGAGUAAGAUGAAGAAUAAGACAAAAACGAAGAUAAAAAGGAGAGUUGUUCUAGACAUAAAAGACAUAAGAAGAACAAAGAAAGUAUCAGCAGAUAGGAGAAGUCCAAAACGUAAGUUGAAGAGAUAUAAGGAAAUUAACAAAAUUAAUAAAAACAAUCAUGCCAUUUUUAAAGGUAAAAAUUGCUUUUUACGAGAAGAAAAACAUAACAACAAAAUGAGGCUUUUUAAUAAUACAUCACUCUGUAAAAGAGGAAAAGUGGGAACGUUAGUGCAUGGAGGUGGUAAUAAUGGCGAUAAUGAUAGUGGUGGCAGUAACUAUGAUAGUAACAUCGAUGGUAAUGGUAAGAAGCACAUCUCAGUUUUGAAUUCGUUCAGCAUUGUGGGUAAUGACUGCUUCGACCAUUUAAGCUUCUCAGAAAUGUAUGAGAAAAACGGAGAAAAUGGUAAAAAUGAUAAUUACCAUAAUGCUAGAAAUACAAACUUUUAUGUGAAGACAAUAAAAUAUUUAGAAGCACAAAUGAAAUAUAGCAUAUUAAUAAUGAAUAAACAUUGUUUUUUAAAUUAUUUAUACAUGUAUUUUAAAUUUUUAAAAGACCAUAUGGAUAUGCCAAGAUUAGAACAGAAUUUUAAAUAUUUCAUACAAACAACAUUACAUCAUGCGCAGAAAUAUUUAUCUGAUUUUCAUAUUUAUUAUGAUAAGAAGAGUGAACCCUACUGGGUUGAUACACAAGCAUUAUUAUCAAUGAAUAUACACUUUUUCUUUUUAGUAUUAUUCCUUUAUCAUAAUUUCUUACUACCUAUAUAUAGCACUUUUCAACGUAAAAAGAACCACGUACAAACAGAUAAUAAAUUAUUCAACUUGUUCAAUUAUAUCAGCUUUUUUAAGCAAACGCAGAAUUCAAUUUUUCAAAUACAAAAAAUUUUUGAGAGAAACAUUCAUCACUUAGUAGUGGGUACCUUGUGA